AUGUCUCACUCUCAGAUACAAACGGAAAACCGAGAACUACCCUUGAACCAGCCUGAAAACUGGCAAGUCAAGUUCCCUCGGUACAUGGUGGAUCUUCCUGAAUAUGUCCACGAUAUAAAUGUUUCUUAUAUUGGUAUUCAACCCCGAUAUGAUGAGAACCCUGCAAGAGGACUGCAUACCGAACUGAAUGCUCACGUCACCUCUGCCGCUCAGAGAACAGCCGCUGCGAAAGUCGAAGAAUGGAUUCGACAGGGAGCCGGAGAACUGUCACCGAUAUUAUGGGAGAAAAUAUACGUGGAGGCUGGCUAUGACGUUCCGGACACAGAGAUAUACAUUCUUUAUUGGAUUGAUAAAGACAUCGCCAAGGCUGCCAACAAGAGCUUAAACCUGCAGCAACUUCAUAAAACACUAUCCCCCUCUGAUCAAGAACCGGGUAUCGCUUCCCUAGCGGGCGCACACCAAGUCAGUCACAAGUUCACCGGCUAUUGGGGAGCAGCGCGCGAUCGAUUUCCAGCAUCGUCCCACGAUCCUUUCGAACCAGAGUAUAAACUCAGUCCUCCAAACUUUGAGAAAGACAGCAAAGGCCGUGUCAUUGAGGGAGAAAACAAGGUGUCUGUUCUUCAUAUCCGGUCUGGCCAAUAUUGGGAGCGGUGCAAAGACGACGAAAGAGAAGCAUACGAAAGCACCCUUGAGCCAGUAUUAAGAACUGGGAUGACUUAUCUGGAGGAAAAUCCAGCGGAAUCAGGUGACAUUGGGCUGCGCUUCUCUCGGAACAUGACCACAAAUCGGCUGCUUCAGGUAGAAGAGGCGCAACAGUUGGCUUCAUUGAACGGUAUUGGGAGCACAGUGGUGAACGGGCUGACAAAUAUUGUCAAGAAUUAUGCUGGUUAUCUGAAUGGAACCAAUGGUUCAAAUGGGGUACACAAUGAAAAUGCGACAAAUGGAACGAACGGUACGAACGGAUUCAAUAGAACGAAUGGUUCAAAUGGCACCAACGGCGUACACGAGACUAACGGAGCAAAUGGAGCGCACGAGGCGCAUAGCUCUAAUAGCUCUAAUAGCUCUAAUAGCUCAAACAGCUCGAACGGCACGAACGCCACAAAUGUCAAUGGCUCCAACAGUGUCUCCAAAGCAGACAAAUUCGGCCUCGUCGUGACAACGGAGCGACGAAGGCGCGAGACUUGCAGCAGUGGCUUCUUCCGAUCUCUCAAGGACAUCGAGGCGUGGGCUUCCAAGCACAAGUCGCACCACAAAAUCUUCCACGGAGCGCAUUCGCACUCUCAGCAGUUUGGCAAGGAGACGUUCAAGAUGCGCACGUGGCACGAGGUUUCGGCUUUGAAGCCGGGCGAGGUGACGUUUGAGUACAUCAAUUGUUACCCAAGGACGGGAUUGAUUCCCUUUUUCGAAGUGUGA